AUGGAUAGGAUAUUUCAGUGGGUAUCGGGUAUACCGCCUGUUACUAGGUAUUGGUCCAUAGCCAUUCUUUCGACAUCAAUAUUGACUACGUUACGAAUUGUACUUGCUGUACAAUUUGUGUUCAUUGUUGACAAAGCAUUCAGUUCCCAACCGUGGCGACUAAUUACGUCGUUCUGUUAUUUUGAUGAUCUACUGAUUGAGUUGAUAAUAAAUAUAUGGUUCAUCAUCCGUUCUUCUCGAUAUUUAGAGGAAGGGUUUAGCACAAAAAUUGCAUUAUUUCCUCCCAAUACAAUAAAUACACUAAACACUGACCAACGAAAUUUCUUGAAGAGGAUCAUUGAUAGAAAUAAGUCGAUUGAUUAUUUAUAUUUUGUAUUGUUGAUCUGUGGCUCUAUUGUUGCUGCUGUUACAUAUGGCUCUAACAAUUUUGAUUUUAAAAUUCACAGGUUGGGCUCACUCUUGGACGAUAUAUUAUUAUAUAUCUGGUGUCGGAGCAAUCCUAAUUUAGACGUGAAUAUGUUCGGGUUCUUCACUAUACAAACAGCAUAUUUACCGUGGUGUUAUACAAUGUUAAACUGGGUUUUGCUGAAGGAUUUUCUAACCGAUUUUUUGGCUUUAAUGUCUGGUAAUUUAAGACUUAUAGCAUCGGUGUUUACGAAGCCUUUUGUAUGGAGGGUUGUUAUUUGCUAUUCGUUGGGUCAUUUCUGGUGGUUUUCGAGAGACUUUUUAUUAUGCCAAUUUUAUUACGACUUCAACGAUGAGAGAAGGCAAAUCAGAUCAGAAACACCAAAAAGAAUAGAACAAGAAUCUAGAAUUUCUUCUUAUCAUAAUAUUCCAAGACGCAUACUUACAUUAAUUUUAUUACCCCCAUGGUAUUGGGUUAUUUUGAAAAAAAUGCGGGAAAGACCUUAG